AUGGAACACGUAUUUAUUAAAGAAGAAAAUUUUACGAUGGAACAGGAACCAAUUAAACAGGAAAUACCAGAAGAAAAUAUUAAACUAAAACAUGAACAAACUAAUUUAAAUGAAGAAGAAUCGGAUAAAUCACAAAAUGUUAAAUUUGAACAACAAUUAAAUUCUGAACUUAUAAUUAAGGAUGAGAUAUUUGAUGAACAUGUUUUUGAAUGUCAACCAAUUAGCAAUGGUGACAGGCAUUUUUCGUGUGAAAUUUCUGAUAAAAAAUUUACAAAUCAAAACGUUUCACUAAGAAAUAAACGAACAUAUACUGGAGAAAAAUAUUUUGCUUGUGAAGAUUGUGAAAAAAGAUUUACUCUAAGAAAUAAUUUGAGUCGACAUAGAAGAUGUCACGCUGGAGAAAAACCUUUUACUUGUGAAAAUUUAACAAAACAUAAUAUACGAAUGCAUAGACAAUAA